AUGAAGAUUGCGCAGAGAACAGAGUCAGGACUUGGACGCGCGCUCUGUCAACUUGGAGACAUCGCGGGAACCGCUGCGGCCCUGGCCGACCUCCCACCACUGCAAGAACGUCCACAACCCAUGGACGUCGAUCUACACAUCCCCGGGUUGAGAUCAAGAAGGACGGCAACAACAGUGACCCUCCGAACCCUUGCGCUGUCCCACAUCGAGGACCAGUACCACGGCUGGGCUCAAGUGUUCACGGACGGCUCAGUACGUCCCACAGACGGGUCGUCAACAGCCGCGGCGGCCUUCGAGGCGGCUGGCGUUGGGCUAAGCGUGCGCCUUACACACCAUGCAACCAGCACCACCACAGAACUAGCAGCGAUCCUGCUCGCCCUCGAGGCCGUCCAGAAAGGCAGCUCCAGGGGCGGCAAGUGGGUAAUCUUGUGCGACUCACAAGCCGCGCUCUCCAUGCUAGAUAACUUGGAGAGGGCACCACCACUGGCGCGAAGAAUCGCAGCAGAAGCGAUGGCAUUGGAGCAACUCGGACACCAGUUCAGGUUUCAGUGGCUGCCAAGCCACUGUGGCAUCAAGGGAAACGAGAUCGCCGACCAGAUGGCAAACUUCGCCCAUGAUGAGCCCUCUACUCCCACAUCCAAGGUGCCCCCGUCCGCGGACGCCAAGCUCCUUGUGGCGAGGGAGAUCGCAAGUCAGCAUCCAGACGCAAGGAUGGCACAAGGCGACCACCCGGCCCGGCUCCCAGCACGCAUGAACCGGGCAACGGCGGCUGUCUUCCACCGACUUCGGACGGGCAGCGCCCUCACCCCCGCAUGGAUCAACAGGAUGAGACCCUCUAGGAGUCCAGACUGUAACACCUGUGGGACUCGCGCAGAUGACGUCCACCUCAUCCUACAAUGCACCCUCUACGACACUGAGAGAAGGGCACUCCAGGAAGAGUACAGAAAACUCAACCUACCCUACAGCUCUCUGGAGGAGAUCACCAGACCUCGAGGCACAAACUGCACCAAAAAGAAGGCGCUGAAGGCACUGGAGAACUACCUGGACGAGACAGGAUUAAUCUCCCUCCUCUGA